AUGAGGGUGCUUAAAUGGAACCCGAGAUUUAACACUGAGCUGGAAUCAUCAAUCACCUCGAUAUGGGUGUCAUUUGAAGGUUUACCGGUGUACCGAUUUAACGAAGAAUAUCUCCGAAAGGUUUCAAAUAUCAUUGGUCAGCCGCUCAAGAUUGACGUUCCUACGUUAAAUAUGUCUCGUCCUUCAAUUGCUAGGGUUUGUGUGGAAGUGGAUCUCCUUCAUGAAUUGCCGAAGCGGAUUCUUCUAGGUACUGAGGAGUAUUUGUAUUAUCAAUAUGUAACGUAUGAAAAUCUCCCGGAAUAUUGCAUGGAAUGUUGCAAAAUUGGGCACUCUUCUCAGAAUUGUAGACAUGGGAAACCUAAGGAGGAGUCGGCGAAAGAAAAGGAACGGAAGGUGAUGAUGCCUUCGAAACCUGUGACUAGGGUUAACCUAGUGUCUCAACCUGAGACUAAGGCAAAUUCAGUGUCUCAACCGACUAUGGGGAAAGCUAAGUUUCAGCCUGUGACUAAACAAUCUAAGCAAGCAGAAGGAAACAAGGAGUUGACUGAAACAUCAAACCCGAAACACACAAAGGAAUCAGUUAUAGAACAGGAAAUAAAGCAGAAUAAGGAUGCGUCUUCAUCAGGACUCUCUGAAUUGGAAAAAAAGAAUAUCCCUACAGAUAUCGGGGAUUCAAGUCCUAUGGAAUCAAGAGAUAAGCGACAGCUUACUAAGGAAAAGCUGAGUGCAAUUCUGGAAAAAAGUUCGGAGGAAGAAAAUCUACAAGAUACAUGGGAAGAAGAUGAUGUGGUUUCUACUUAUGGGAAUGAGAACCGGCAACUUAUUGUAUACAAAAAGUCUCCCUUUUCGGUUUCUCCUUUUAACUUGUCGUCUCGUUUUGAUCUAUUAACAGAUGUGUCAGAAGAUCAGCAAGAAGAUAUAACUGUCGAUCAAGAGAAAGUGCGAGUUGAUUUGGAUGGUGAAAUAUCUAGUGAUUCUGAAACUGAAAUGUAUGAUUCUGAUGAAAGAGUUAAUAUUUGA